GCUAGACCCGGAAUGAGCGGCUCUUCAAAAAUUUCAAAAAAGCAUCGUUCCCAUCCCCCGCUCCCAAAUUUCAGAUCCCUCCGACAAGAGAAACUCAGACGCUAUCGCCCCGCACAGUGCUCUUAAAAUCAACUGUCAAGCAGCACGUAUUCAACUUCUGCGAGAAUGUCGAGUCGGCAUGAUAAAGAGAAAGGUGUGAAUGUUCAGGUUCUUCUUCGUUGCAGGCCAUUUAGCGAGGAUGAGUUGAGGAACAAUGCACCGCAGGUGGUGACCUGCAAUGACCACCAGAGAGAAGUGUCAGUUUCACAGAACAUUGCUGGGAAGCACAUCGAUAGGGUUUUUAUGUUUGACAAGGUUUUUGGUCCAUCUGCUCAGCAAAAAGAUCUUUACGACCAAGCAAUUAUUCCUAUUGUAAAUGAAGUUUUGGAGGGUUUCAACUGCACCAUUUUUGCAUAUGGUCAAACUGGCACAGGGAAAACUUAUACAAUGGAGGGCGAUUGUAAGAAAUCUAAGAGUGCGCAAAAUGGAGAGCUGCCUGUUGGGGCAGGAGUCAUACCUAGAGCUGUGAAGCAAAUUUUUGACACUCUUGAGAGUCAAAAUGCCGAGUACAGUGUGAAAGUAACUUUUUUGGAGCUGUACAAUGAAGAAAUUACAGACCUGUUAGCUCCUGAGGACUUGUCAAAGGUUGCUUUGGAGGACAGACAGAAAAAACAAUUGCCGCUCAUGGAAGAUGGAAAGGGUGGAGUUCUUGUGAGAGGUCUUGAAGAGGAGAUUGUCACUAGUGCUAGUGAGAUAUUCACUUUAAUCGAAAGGGGCUCAGCAAAACGGCGUACAGCGGAAACCUUAUUAAAUAAACAGUCAAGUCGAUCACAUUCGCUUUUCUCCAUAACUAUACACAUCAAGGAAGCAACUCCUGAAGGUGAAGAACUUAUAAAAUGUGGGAAGCUGAAUUUAGUUGAUUUGGCUGGGUCAGAGAACAUUUCUCGUUCUGGUGCCAGGGAGGGUCGUGCAAGAGAAGCUGGAGAGAUAAAUAAAAGUUUACUGACCCUAGGGAGAGUUAUUAGUGCUCUUGUGGAGCACUUGGGACAUGUCCCCUACAGGGACAGUAAGCUCACGAGACUGCUUCGAGAUUCUCUUGGAGGGAGAACAAAGACAUGCAUAAUUGCCACGGUGUCACCUGCUGUUCAUUGUCUUGAAGAGACCUUGAGCACUCUAGAUUAUGCACAUAGGGCAAAAAAUAUAAAGAAUAAGCCCGAGGUAAAUCAAAAAUUGAUGAAGUCAACUCUUAUCAAGGAUCUUUAUGGGGAAAUUGAACGGCUUAAAUCAGAGGUUUAUGCUGCCCGUGAAAAGAAUGGUGUCUACAUACCAAAAGAGCGAUACUAUCAAGAGGAGAGUGAGAGAAAGGCAAUGGCAGAUCAGACCGAGCAGAUGACUUCAAAUUUAGUGAACCAGCAGAAGCAAUUUGAGGACUUGCAAGGGAAAUAUGAUGCUGAAGUUCAACGAUGCUCUGAUCUGACCAAUAAACUUGAUGCAAUGCGGAAAGAUUUGAACCAAACAAGUAAAUUGCUGGUUAAUGCGGAGGAAGAAUUGGGGCAAUGCCAGUAUGCCCUCAAGGAAAGAGACUUUGUGAUAUCUGAACAGAGAAAAGCUGAGAAUGCACUUGCUCAUCAAGCAUGUGUUUUGCGUGCUGACUUGGAAAAAGCUGUCCUAGACAAUUCAUCACUUUUUCAAAAAAUAGCAAAAGAGGACAGACUAAGUGCUGACAACAGGUCAGUGGUAAACAGCUUCCAAUCUGAGCUUGGUAGUCAACUUGGUUGUCUUUCCAGCACAGUGACUGCAUCAAUUUCUAGGCAAAAUGAACAGAUCAGAGGCGUUGAAAAUUUUUGUCGUGCUUUCCUUGAAUUACACGAGAAGUCUAUGUUAGAAGUGAAGAAGAAGGUCACUUGCUCAAAGGCAUUGUAUAUCUCUCACUUUGAAGCCAUGCAAAAUGUAGUGAGGCUUCAUAAAGCUAGCUCUAUUUCAGCACUUGAUGAUAUAAAUGCUUUGGUAUCUUCAAAUUCACAGUCCAUUAGUGAAUUUUUAGCAACAGAAGCUAUUAAAGCAAACAGAAUUUUCAAUGAUCUACAUACCAGUUUGUCAACCCAACAGAAUGAAAUGGCAGAUUUCACUAGGGAGCUUCGUAAGAGGUUUCAAAUCAGCACACAACAAUUGACAAACAUCUCAGAGAACAUUCAAGAGUUCCUUGAUAAACUCAUUGAUGAAUCAAAGAGUCUUGGGGAACAUGCAACUAAGUUUGAAGACGACCAAAAGAAAUCUAUUGCUGAAUUUAAGAAGGCGUUUGAGGAACAAUCAAAAUCUGACACAGAAAAACUAAUUGCUGACAUGCACUCUCUGGUAUCCAAUCACAUGCGUCGGCAGAGAGAACUGGUAGAUGAAAGGCUUUUGAGUUUCAAUGAAGAUGUUAGCAGAAACAAGUCAUCAUUAGAUGAACAUAUUUUCUCUAUAGAGGGUAUCAAUGUAGAUGCCAAAAGAAAAUGGAUUGACUUUUUCACUCAAGCCGGGGAUCACACCAAAGAUGAUGCUGAUUUCUCUGCUGCUAAGCAUUGUCGAAUGGAAAGACUCAUGCAAGAGUGUGUUAGCAAUGCUGAGACAGCUUUUAAGGUAUGCCAAAGUACACAUGAAUCUAUUAAUUCCAUGGGAAGCCAACACAUCUCAACAGUGCAUUCACUGGUUAGGAAUAUAUCUGAAAGUAACGAUAACCAUGUGACUGAGUUUGGCUCCACAAAAGAUGCUGCCGAGAAAGAUGUGAAAAUAAAUAGUGAAAAUAUUAUUGAGCUCAUUGAUGGCUUGUCAGGGCAAGAGAAAAGUUCUAUAUCAAAUAUUUUGGGAACUGCAACUGCACAAUCUCAAAUAUUAGAUGAACUCCUAAAAGGUCACUCUAUGCAGUGCACCUCUAUUGAGAAGGAGGCAUGUGAAACUUUCCAGCAGAAAUAUAUGGACUAUGAGCCGAGCGGGAAUACCCCAACACGGAGUGAGUCUGAUGUUCCAAGCAAGGGGAAUAUUGAAUCACUCCGUGUAAUGCCAAUGGAGGUUCUCGUAGAAGAAUUCCGGGAAAAUCAUUCAUAUGACUCCUUCAAAGGGAAGGAACCAAAGCCAUCACUCAUUCCACGGUCUCCUCUUUCUCACAUCAACCACUAGGAGGCCCUGCAUUUGUAUUUCCAUAUGUUGUAGUUUCGUCAAUUUGAUUGAAUCUUUUCUUGGGAUUCCCAUGGGAAAGAUGUCUCUGUAGUCUGUAUAUUAAGAAAAGAUAGAGAAUGCUACGUGAAGCAUUACAAUAUAGUUCUAGGGCAUCUGCUAGGGCAUCCCCCAUUUAUGUAAAAUCAAAAAGGUUUCUGUUA